AUGGCGGACAAAAAGGCCGGCACCAGCCGGAAGGCGCCAAAGAAAAAGGCAAAGCUACGCUCCACUACGAAAAGCGGCGACGAUCCUCGUGAGGUGAAAGAGAAGGAGAAGCAGUAUGUGCAGAUUAAAGGCCUAAAACCGCCCGAACAGCACAAGGAGACGUCACAGCGCAGCCGCCGCGGCUCCAAGGGAAAUAAGCAAAAAUCGGUCGACGACAAAAAGGAAGCGAUGAUGGCCGAAUCGAGGAAAGGCUCCGGGAAGACGAUGAAAAAGAAGGGCAACAAGACGAAGCGGUCCACUGAAGAAAAGAAGAAAGAAAAGGAGCCGAACAAGUCGGGCAAGGAGGACGUGAAAAAGGACAACAAGGAAGCGAAGGAGAACAAGGAGAACAAAGACAGCAAGGACGCCCGGGAAGCCAAAGAACCCAAGGAAAAUAAGGAGAACAAGGACGCCAAGGAAAAUAAGGAAGCCAAGGACAAUAAGGAAUCUGGUCGUGAUGGCCAAUACGUCCCGCUCGCCUCUACCGUCACCAAGUCGCCGAGCGGCACCGCCACUUCUCAACGCGAAAAGAAAAAGGCCGCCACCGCCCGCGGUGGUCAGUACGCCAAACUAGACAUCCCCGCGAACAGCCCGUUGCUCAACGUCAGCCUCACGCAAGAUUCCCUGGAAAAAGCGGUGUCGCCCGGCGCCGAGGGCCACGAGAAUAUCCCGCGAAAGUCGCGCGACAAAUCGAUGGAGAUGACGGUUUUUGAAUGUGUGGACGCCCCGAUGAACCCCGCGGUGGCACAGGAGCGGGCCCCCGGCACCCGUCUCUCCCCUUCAAUAUUCAACGUUAGACCCCGCCCGUCGCUACACGAAUUUUAUUUGUCUAAAAACGGUGCAUAUUUCAACACGGUUCUUCAACGAUAUCUUCCCGGAUGGCGCCUUCUAAAGAGAAAACGCGUCCGAUUCACCUGUCGUCAACCCUCGAUUAAGCCUUCACUGCUAUUACAUUUGUGUGUAUGUACACCUGAA